AUUGCGGGUGCAGCAAUGAAGAACUAUCGAGGAGGCGAUGGGGACAACCUCGAACUUCAAUCGUCAUUUGGCAAGACUCCACUCAGAGAAGGAAGUGACUCGCUAUGUUCAUUGCUCUGUUGAUCGCAGGGUUUGCUUGCUGAGUGAUGAACUAGUGAUGUUUGUCAUGUCUGGUCUCCCUGGGCAAGUGCACUCCACACUUCCUUAUGUUGCCAUCUCUUCAACGGCAGACAGACGAGUAGGUCAUGAGGCAUACCUGAGGACAGGGCCAGAUUAUGACUUUGAGCAUUACAGACAGCUGGUUCAUGAGAUCACCAAAGCUUUCUGUGGCAUCUCCAGAGAGGUACUGGACAUUAAAGAGCACCUUCACCAAGACUUCGACCGACCAGAUCUCUCCGAACAUAUUGAGAAGCUGCAAAUCAAAGAGAAACAGAAGCUAGAGUUGACAGCAAAAUUACAACUCGCCAAGCAGAGUGCACAAGAUCAUCCAGAAGAUCAGAGCUAUCAGGAGAAGGUCCAGGAGAUCAAACAGGAUCUCAUAAAAAACAAGGAAUCUUUGAGUGAAAUUAUGCAGGAUUUCAAGUAUGAUUCAGAAGAUACAGACUGAAAUAAACAGACUGCAUACCAAGAUGGAUAUGGAUGGAGUUUGCAGCCAUUUUGCGUCCUUUUAUAUGAGGAGUGGCCAAAGAUGGGAGUGUUUGUGUGCAGUGUAAAUGUACCAUGUGUAAAUGUUGCUGAUGUUCUGUUUCUCUGCAAGUAGUUUAUUAAUAAGUAAUUGUGUUCAGAAAUUUGGAAGUCACUUUUGCUUACAGUUGACCUUAUUCCUGUAGUUUUAGCAGAUGUUAAACAAUUGCAAUUAGACCAAGAAAAAAAAAAUCACUAUUUACAGGUGAUUUUUGACUAUCCUUGUGGAACUUUUGGAAGAGUACAAUAAGAAAAAAGGUUCUCUGUCUCAUAAAAAUAGCAGAAUCCUUUGUGUCAUAAAGAACCAUUUUAAAAGGUUCUUUAAAGAAACAAUAUACAACAGAUUCCAUGUGAAACCUUUUGGAUGCAUUUUCUGAAUAAAUGGUUCUUUUUAACUCA